AUGGAUUUCCCAUUACCUAAUCCUGAUCCUUGUGACACUUAUAAGAAUAUGAAUUCUAUUCUCGAGAAGAUGGGUUUUCUUGGUGAAUUGUCAAUCAUGGCGUAUGUCGAUCAGGAAGACUUUCCGGAUCAUUUGCUCGAUGAAUAUAAGAGUGGCGGAAUCACCAUCAUUCACCAUCCCCAACAAGGGGCUUUGGUAACCGUCUUCUGGGAUGUCCAGGAUCGCGUAAGCGGUGUUCCGAGCAUUGGCCCAGCUCUUCGUGGAUUGGGUUAUAAUGGUGCAGUGUUUAUAAGGCCUUAUGUCGACGGGGAUCAUCAGUGGAAGUGGGAUGCCAAAGAUGCUUGUCCUCGCUUGCACCUAGACCUUCUAACCAGAGUUGUAACCAAAGAAGCUAAAGUCACUAGGAUGCUAUUGGACCUUUUGUUCUGGGCGAUGAACAAUGAUGAUAUACCAGCAAAUUUCAUGCUAAUCUCGAUACCGGACCCCAAUUGCGACCGUGUUAUUAAAGCGGUAGAACACAGAGGUUUCUUCCAUAUCCUAAGUUGCUCUGAUGAGGUCUCACUGCAUCUUAAAAGCGCACCAUAUGGAGAAUUGCUAAUCAACCAGAGCGUAAAGUUACAAGGUCGGAAGCUCCGAGAGGGCCUAGAACAUGCGACGUCGAUACCCGUCUUCUGGCUGCUUGAAGAGGAUUACCCAUCCAAUCCCGUGUUGGCAAAGUGGACAAUCAGAUCAGCCCUUGACAAGAAGGGUUAUGGUGAUAUUUUGUCAAUCACGGUAUAUGUUGAUGAGCGAAAGUUUCCAAGUGGAUGGAAGGAUCUCUAUCACAAGUCGGGAAUGAAAGUUGUCUUCAUAGAUGAAGAUUAUGGUCUCUCAAAAAUUGAUACUAUGUCAUGGGGCAUGAUUAAGUGGAGAUAUGCCGUUGCCCAACCAUCAAAGUUUGUGGUAAUCGCAAAACCCUUUCGAGACAUGACGUUUGACUGGGUUCUUGAAGAAUUUGAAUGGAGAAGACUCGUCGUUCUCUUCGAGCAGCCUGAUUAUCUUUUCACAUUGGGCAGCGCAGUAUGGUCUGCUAAAAACCUUUCACUUUAA